AUGGUAAAUUUCCUGGUUACUAGUAAGUUCUUUUAUGAUAUGCCUAGUUCUAAGAAGGCCAAACUGAGGAGUGAUUCAAAAUAUUUUGUUUGGAACCCGCCAUACCUUUGGAAGAUUUGUUCUGACCAAAUUGUUAGGAGGUGUGUCCCAGAUGAGGAAUCUGAGUCUGUACUUUCAUUCUGUCAUCAAAUGGUCUGUGAUAGGUAUUUUAGCCCUAAGAAGACUGGUGGGAAAGUUUUGGAUGGUGGGUUGAUCUGGAAUUCUCCUUUUGCUUACUGUUUUGCAUUUUGUAAAUCCUGUGAGAGAUAUCAGAGGUUAGGUUCUUUGUCUAAGAGAAACGAGAUGCCACUUAAUUCUAUCCUUGUGGGUGAGACUUUUGAUGUUUGGGGCAUGGAUAUCAUGGGACCCUCCUUCUUCAUAUGGUUUGGCAUACCUCGAGCCAUAAUUAGUGACCAGGGUACACACUUUUGCAACUGGACCAUCGAGGCGCUCAUGAGGAAGUAUGGAGUUCUCCAUCGGGUUGCCACUCUAUACCAUCCCCAAACGAAUGGCCAAGAAGAAAUAUAUAAUUGA